AUGGAUGGGUGGCAGUACCCACGCUGGGCCUGGUCCCUGCUGGCUGUGGCUGUUGUGGCUGGGGGAACAGCAUCCGCUGAGGCCACGCACAACAGCCCAUCGUCCAACAGUCUGGAGGGAGGCACUGAUGCCACGGCGUCCUGGUGGGGGGAGUGGACCAAGUGGACAGCAUGUUCCCGCAGCUGCGGGGGCGGGGUGAUGUCCCAGGAGAGGCACUGCCUGCAGCAGAGGCGCAAGUCCAUUUCGGGUGCUGGGAACAGAACCUGCACGGGCACCCCCAGGCGAUACCAGCUCUGCCAUGUGCAGGAGUGUCCGCCGGACGGCAGGAGCUUCCGCGAGGAGCAGUGUGUCUCCUUCAACUCGCAUGUGUACAACGGGCGGACAUACCAGUGGAAGCCGCUGUACCCCGAUGACUACGUGCACAUCUCCAGCAAGCCCUGUGACCUGCACUGCACCACCGUGGACGGCCAGCGGCAGCUCAUGGUGCCCGCCCGCGACGGCACCUCCUGCAAGCUCGCCGACGUGCGGGGGGUUUGCGUGUCUGGAAAAUGUGAGCGCAUUGGCUGUGACGGAGUGCUCUUCUCCACGCACACGCUGGACAGAUGUGGCGUCUGCCAGGGUGACGGGAGCAGCUGCACCCACGUGACUGGCAACUACCGCAAGGGCAACGCCCACCUGGGCUACUCCCUGGUGACCCACAUCCCAGCUGGUGCCCGCGACAUCCAGAUCGUGGAGAGGAGGAAGUCGGCCGAUGUGCUGGCCCUGGCGGAUGAGACCGGCUUCUACUUUUUCAACGGCAACUACAAGGUGGACAGCCCCAAGAACUUCAACAUCGCCGGCACCGUGGUCAAGUACCGGCGGCCCACGGACGUCUACGAGACGGGCAUUGAGUACAUCGUGGCGCAGGGGCCCACCAACCAGGGCCUGAACGUCAUGGUGUGGAACCAGAAUGGCAAGAGCCCGUCCAUCACCUUUGAGUACACGCUCCUGCAGCCGCCGCACACACACCGCCUGCAGCCUCUGUACUACGGCUUUGCUGAGCCCGCCUCCGACAGCGCAGAGAGCCAGGAGCUGGGCCGCGCAGGCCUGCUGCGCUUCCUGCAGCACAACGGCUCCCUCUACGGCCCGGCCUCCUCCGAGCGGCUCGGCCUGGACAACCAACUGUUUGGGCCCCCGGGGCCGGAGAUGGAGCUGGGCCUGGGCAGGGGCCCGCAGACCAACGAGGUGUGCGAACCGGCCAGCGGCAGCGGUGGGGCCUGCCAGGGCGCCCCCAGGGGCCAGGGCUUCCGAGACCACAACGCCACUGGGUCGUCGCUGGCGGGGGAUGAGGGUGACCAAGAGAUGAACACCCAUUUCACGUCCCGGGGGUUCCUGUCUGCCAACGCCAUCUCUGGGCAGCUGCUGGGCACCGGCUCGGACUCCAAGGAGUUUGCGCUCAACGAGACGAUGAACAGCAUCUUGGCCCCCGGUGGCCCCGGGAACGCCCCAGCCGAGAUCCUGCACGCUCACCAGGAGCAGGAGGAAGGUGGCGCCUACCUGGAGCUCAGCAGCGAGCCGCUCGCCAACUCCUCCUCGGAGGCCCCCUUCCCCAACACCAGCGCCAGCCUCCCCACCUCCGGCGGCAAUAGGACACACAAGGCCAGGACCCGGCCCAAGGCGCGCAAGCAAGGUGUGAGUCCGGCCGACAUGUACCGGUGGAAGCUCUCCUCCCAUGAGCCCUGCAGUGCCACCUGCACCACAGGAGUCAUGUCGACCUACGCCAUGUGUGUGCGCUAUGACGGUGUCGAGGUGGACGACAGCCACUGCGACGCCCUGACCCGGCCAGAGCCCGUGCACGAGUUCUGUGCCGGUAGGGAGUGCCAGCCCAGGUGGGAGACCAGCAGCUGGAGCGAGUGCUCCCGCACCUGCGGCGAAGGCUACCAGUUCCGCAUCGUGCGCUGCUGGAAGAUGCUGUCGCCUGGCUUCGACAGCUCCGUGUACAGUGACCUGUGUGAGGCGGCCGAGGCCGUGCGGCCCGAGGAACGCAAGGUCUGCCGCAACCCAGCCUGCGGGCCGCAGUGGGAGAUGUCCGAGUGGUCGGAGUGCACGGCCAGGUGUGGGGAGCACAGCGUGGUGACCAGGCACAUCCGCUGCUCAGAGGACGAGAAGCUGUGUGACCCUAACACCCGGCCCGUGGGCGAGAAGAACUGUACCGGCCCGCCCUGUGACCGCCAGUGGACGGCGUCCGACUGGGGCCCGUGCAGUGGGAGCUGUGGGCAGGGCCGUACUAUCAGGCACGUGUACUGCAAGACCAGCGAUGGACACGUGGUGCCCGAGUCCCAGUGCCAGAUGGAGACCAAGCCGCUGGCCAUCCACCCCUGCGGGGACAAGAACUGCCCGGCGCACUGGCUGGCCCAGGACUGGGAGCGGUGCAACACCACCUGUGGGCGUGGAGUCAAGAAGCGUCUUGUUCUCUGCAUGGAGUUGGCCAACGGGAAGCCGCAGACACGCAGUGGCCCCGAGUGCGGCCUGGCCCAGAAGCCCGCCGAGGAAACCACGUGCUUCGAGAGGCCUUGCUUCAAGUGGUACACGAGUGCCUGGUCUGAGUGCACCAAGACCUGUGGGGUGGGCAUGAGAAUGCGAGAUGUGAAGUGCUACCAGGGCACCGACAUCGUGCGUGGCUGUGACCCGCUGGUGAAGCCCGUGGGCAGACAGGCGUGUGACCUGCAGCCCUGCCCCACUGAGCCCCCAGACGACAGCUGCCAGGACCAGCCCGGCACGAACUGCGCCCUGGCCAUCAAGGUGAACCUGUGCACCCACUGGUACUACAGCAAGGCCUGCUGCCGCUCCUGCAGGCCGCCUCGCUCCUAGG